AAACAUGAAGAAUUAUUAUACAGUAUCCUCUUCUUCAUUUCUCCGCAUCGUUUUUCUUUCUCUUCUCAUCCUCUGCCUCUCAGCACCGCCUCCUUCCGCCGCGGCCCGGCCGCGUUGCAACUCAAACGACAAAAAGGCCCUCCUUCAAAUCAAAAAAGAUCUGGGGAAGCCCUAUCAUCUGGCUUCGUGGGACCCAAAGACGGACUGCUGCAGCUGGUACGUCGUGAAAUGCGACCGAGUCACCAGCCGCAUCACUGCCCUCACCGUCUUCCAGGCCGAUUUCUCCGGCCAAAUCUCGGCGUCCGUCGGCGGUCUCCCGUACCUCACGCAACUCAUGUUUCACCACGUUCCCAACCUCACCGGAACCAUCCCGCCGUCCAUCACUAAGCUCACGCGCCUUACUUCUCUGGACAUUAGCUGGACGAGUCUCUCCGGCCAAAUCCCGGCGUUCCUGAGCCAGCUAAAGAACCUGACGUACCUCAACCUUUCCUUCAACAACUUCACCGGACCCAUUCCGGAAUCUCUGGGAGAGCUCCGGAAUCUCGGAGCACUCCACUUGGACCGGAACAAACUCACCGGACCCAUCCCGGAGUCCUUCGGGAAAUUCUCGCCGGCGCCGGCUCUGUACCUCUCCCACAACCAACUGUCCGGAAAACUGCCGGCGUCCUUCGGGAAUCUUAACUUUGAGACGAUAGAUCUGUCCCGGAACAGACUGGAAGGCGACGCGUCGAUCUUGUUCGGGAAAAGCAAGAAUGCCCAGACAAUAGAUCUGUCGAGAAAUGCGUUCCGGUUCGAUUUCUCCAAAGUGGAGGGGUUCUCGAAGAGCCUGAGCGCGCUGGAUCUGAACCACAACCAGAUCUACGGGAGUGUGCCGGCGGCGCUGACGGCGGUAGAAAACCUGCAGCAGUUCAAUGUGAGUUACAACAGACUGUGCGGCGAGAUUCCUAAAGGGUGGCUGCAAACGAGUUUCGACAAGUAUUCAUAUUUUCACAACAAGUGCCUGUGCGGUUCUCCACUGCCGCCGUGUCGAUAAUACCCAUAAAAAUUGAGGGAAGAGCUCUGUGGCCUUCAAUUUAAUUAAUCACUAUGCAUUGAAUGGCGUUUAGCCAUUAAUAAAUUUGUUUUUAAAUUAUGAUUGUCUUUGGAUUAGGCAUGGCAAUGGGUCGGGCGGGGCGUGUACCGCAAGACCCAGACCUGCCCAGUGACUUGACGGGGUGGGUCCGCCCCGUGACUUGCGUGGGUCCAAACUUGUUGACCAAUGAUCUGCCCCAUGCGGGGUGGAUCCGCCCCGCCCGCCGUAACCUAAUUAGCUAGUAUGUAUUUUUAUUUGAGAGAAGUUGUUACCAAUUGAAUCUACUUAAAAUUUAUCUUUAAAUUAUUAUUAAAAAUUACGUAGUAAAAUUUU